AUGUCUCGAGUGACGCAGCAUCAUCCUCAGAGGGAGCUUGAUGCUCCCAAGCUUGAUACUAGCCUCGCCCAGCGGGGUGACCAGCAUUCACAGUCUCGAGCUCAAAUAGAAGCCCUAUCCGUCGAGCCUCCCAUCUAUUCCCCAUCUGCCGACGCCGACGAAUCUUCUCCCGAGUCUACUCCCACCACCAUGAUUCCUACACAACGAAGUGUUUCCGCUGGAGGAGCUCCAGCUCUGCCCGCGAAGAGCUCUCUCAGAGCUUCCAGGGUCCUCGACGGCCUUCUCAAGCUGACUCCUGGGGAGCAGCCACCCUUCACCACUCAAUCAGCCCCUCAUGAUGUAUACCUCUCUUCUGAGGAGGAUGCCUCUUCCUCCGCCGAUGACUUUUCCGAUUUCGAAUUCGACUCUGGUAGCGACGAAUCCCGGUCCUCGUCUAAGCGAAGGGGCAGCCAUGAAGACACAGCCCGAGUUGUGUCUGUUGUCUACUCUGGAAAGCCUUCCAUGAUCCACCUCCCCCGGCGAUCAGUAUCACCCAGCUCUAGCGAAGCCUCUUCCUCGCGACCUUCAUCACGACUCUCGUCUUCGUCUAGACCUCCUAGCCGUCUCCGCAGGACAUCGACACUUCCCGUCAUCGACCGCCGCAUGUCUCUCUGCACUUCUUCAUCUGGCACUAUCCUGCACCCUCCCCGGACAAGUAGCAUGGGGAGCAGCCGCCUGGAGAAGCAGAGGCCCGAGUUCCUUAGCAUUGAUCCUUUUGCCAUCAAGUCGGAACCCGAGACCAAAGACGACCAGAACGAACGACCCAAGACACCCAAGACACCGACAGGCAUGUUCAAGCGGACACUGAGCUUGGUCAAGAAGCGCAGCCGACCUUCGCUCAAUACCCACCAUGCCACAUUAUCGAGGGACAAUCUCUCCCUCUUCACGCCUACGUUUCACAUGGAGCAGGUUCGAGAGGAACCAACAGCAACCGACUCGGACUCGCAGCAGUCUGCUCCCACACCUAUCCUCAACAAGGCGCCUACAUAUCACGAGAUUAUGAAGACUGCGCAACGGAGGACCUCGACAGCACCGAUGUCGCCCAUGUCACCCAUGUCGGAGCCCGCAUCACCAAUGACGCCCAAUAGUACCCGAAGCCGCCUAAGGCGGGGACUUGAGGCAGCGGCGCGACGACGCAGCGUCAGGGCAUGA